AUGAGUUCCACAACCCAUCCUUCCGGCCGCUACUCAUACCUUCCUUCUCAAUACAAUCCUAACAACCCUCCUCUUAUUGAUCGCGUUGUAAAUAACUGGCACCGCCAGNAGGAGAAGCGCUCAGAACGAUCGCAUUACGAUUUAGACUCGGACGGAGACGACGACGACCACGAACUCACCCACUGCUGCGAUCUCGACUCAGACGCCUCGUUCAUCAACCUCUGUCAUGCUUUUUGCGCAAACCGCAAGGUCCGCCGCGCAAUGUUUCUCGUCCUAGUCGCUUUUCUCGCUCUGUACUUCCUGUGCAACGGCAUCCUUCUUCCGGCAUGGCGCGAGCGACAGGCUAUAGAAGAAGGUCUCGACAAUCCGGAAUCCUUUGGCCAUCAGAUGCCCGAUCCGCUCAGUGACAUUACACAAUUACAACAAAUUCCUACCGACUUUGUGCCCGGUGGUGCAUCUGAUCCGGAUGGCAAGAGACGUCUGAUCUUCAUUGGCGACAUACACGGCUGCAAGAAUGAACUUCUUAAACUGCUGAAGGCUGUUGAGUUCAACAAGGACACGGACAAAAUUAUCGCGACUGGCGAUGUCAUUGCAAAGGGGCCUGACUCUCCUGGCGUAAUAGACACGCUGAUGUCCCUGGACGCUCUAUCCGUGCGCGGUAAUCAUGAAGACCGUGUUCUGUUGGCUGCGAGCUCGCGUGACUCCACUGGUGCUUCUGUCGACGAAAAUGACGAGUCUUCUAGCGACGUCUCGGCUGCAUCCAGAGGUGCUGGGCUCAAAGGAGAGGCCCUGCUUGAUUACCUCAAACCACGCCAGAUCAAAUGGCUCAAAUCCCUCCCACUGAUCAUUCAUAUACCCGCACUCAAUCCACCCAGACACUCUGCUCCAUCGACUAUUGUUCCGGAUACUCUGAGCAAGAAGAAGCAAAAGAAGACCUUCCAGAUCCUAGAUGAUAUCAAUGUCGUACACGCCGGCCUAGUGCCUUCCGUUCCUCUUCUUCGCCAAGACCCUUUCUCCGUCAUGAACAUGAGAUCCAUGUCCCCAACCAAUCAUGUGCCUAGCGAGAAUCGGAAGAGAGGCAUUCCUUGGGAACGUGUCUGGGGCUGGUACAACGACCGUAUUGCACGCACUCAUUCAUCCUUCAUCCCUUGGCUGUUCGGUUUCACCACCGAGUCUUCAGAGGCUAGGGACUGGUGGAAAUCACGGAAUGACAUGCUCAACAGCAGAGACGAUGAUACAGAAGCUCAGCUAUUGGCCAAACACUCCAAGCCAUCUGUUGUCGUCUACGGCCACGACAGUCCUCGCGGCCUGAACCUAAAGAGAUGGAGCAAGGGCCUUGACAGUGGCUGUGUCAACGGCGAUCAACUCUCUGCCAUGGUGCUGAAUGCCUGGGGUCAAGCAGAGAUUGUCGGCGUGGACUGCAAGCACCGCAGAUAA